GCACAGCUACGUUAACCUUCAACCUCACGAACCAACAAAAUCCACCCCGCUCCCACCACAGCUUCAUCUCUGUGCUUCAGAUCACCCAAUACAUUCACAAUGGCCGACCCCCGCGUUGAAGAGCUUCCCGAUGAGGAGGUCCCCAAGAACGUCGAGAGCGACUCUGAGUCUGAGGCUGGCGACGAGCCCGUCAUCCCCGGCGGUGCUGCUGUCACCAUCCACUCUCGCAACGAGAAGAAGGCCCGCAAGGCCAUUGCCAAGCUCGGCCUGAAGCACGUCCCUGGCAUCACCCGUGUCACCCUCCGCCGCCCCAAGAACAUCCUCUUCGUCGUUAACCAGCCCGACGUCUACCGCUCCCCCUCCAGCAACACCUGGAUCAUCUUCGGUGAGGCCAAGAUUGAGGACCUGAACGCCCAGGCCCAGGCUUCCGCCGCCCAGCAGCUUGCUGCCGCCGAGGCUGCCGGUGAGCACGCUGGUCACGACCACGAUCACGACCACGACCACGGCAAGGGCAAGGCCCCCGAGGUUGAGGCCAAGAAGGAGGAGGAGGAAGAGGAUGAUGGUGAGGAGGUUGACGAGGCUGGUCUUGAGGCCAAGGACAUUGAGUUGGUCAUGGCCCAGGCCAGCGUUUCCCGCAAGAAGGCUGUCAAGGCCCUGCGGGAGAAUGACAAUGAUAUCGUGAACUCGAUCAUGGCCCUCAGCAUAUAAUGACCUUCAAUUCUAUGGUCAAUGCGCAUCUCUUGAGUGGCCUGGGUUUUAGCAGUCCGAUGGAUUCAAUUCCAUCGUAGAUUGCGUUUUAGU